AUGCUAAGGGCAUUCGGCUGUUGCCGUCUGCUGAGGUUCUUCGGCGACAUGGGGACAGCGGCGGUUUUGACACAUCUCGGGGGCGUUCUCCUCCUGCUGCUGCCUACGGUGGACGCCGGACAAUGCGCCUUUACGCAGGAGUGCUUUCAGUUCGGGCUCGACACAGACUGCACCCCCAUCCCAGCGGAAGGUGACACGGCCGUAUCGUUUCCCAUGGAUAGCUCUCACGGCUUCGGCGUUUUUCACGACAAAGUCUGGGACGGGUCUGUUGAAAACCCAUCGACUGGCCUAUGCGACGAAGGAAGGCCAGAUUCAGACGGCAGGUGCAUCGUGGACUUCGUCGCUCCAAAGGGCCUGAAAGACGUGGCGCCCAUCGUCUGCCCACAAUACAAAGAUAGCGGAUGCUGCAGCUGGCAACAGAACUACGCCCUCUACCAGAACCUGGGUUUGCUCGUGGAGAGCUUCGGGUCUACGACAGGCUGCCUGGCCUGUGCCGUUAACUUGGUCAACUUUUGGUGCGCUUUGGUUUGCUCACCGGACCAAGGGGCCUUCGCCUCCAUGCAUGACCCACCGUUCGAUCAGAGGAGGGACGACCUGACGGGAGGAUCUUCGCGAGUCCUGCAGCUUGACGUCAACGUAGACGGAGACAUGGCUUGCCGGAUAUACGAGUCGUGCAAGAGCAUCGCUGUUGUCGGAGAGACGACGGCUAUGCAAUCGGGACUGGGCUUGCUGAAGUUUCAGCUGCAAACGGGCGCAGUGGGGCACGGGGAAUUCUUCUUCCCUUCUUUUGAAACGAACGCGAGCGCAGAGUCCCCGUGUGGAAACAAGCGCUUACCCGUGAGCGGAGGUCUUGAUGUGCGUGCUACGGAAAGGAAAGACGACCCACAAGCCGCAGCAUCUGCGCCGACUGCUUCCUCUGAGUCUUCUUCUAUGUCCUUCGACACGCUCGCGUGCGACUCGUUCUUCGAUCCGGGGAGCUCGACGAUUCCUUUCGCAUACCCACCCAAGAGGGAAGACAUCAUUUCUUGCACGUGCGACUACUGUGUGCAAGCAUGCUCGGGAGGAGGCUCGAUCGACGUGGACGUGAGCGACAAGAACCCAAUACCCGUACUAGACGGCUUCGGCGUGGGCUUGGUCGGCGGGGUGUAUGCCGCAGUUGUGGCCUGUAGCUUGGCUCUGUUUUGGUGGCGGCGAAACCAGAAGAAGAAGCCCACGAAGCCGGCAGCGGCAGGCUGGGCGACGAUCCAACACCGAUGA